CUACAGAACAACAAAAAAAGAUACAUAAUAAUAAAAUGUCCAUGAAAAAGUUACAAUCCGAGAUUGAUAGGUUGUUAAAGAAAGUCAGUGAAGGAGUGGAGACAUUUGAGACCAUCUUUGACAAGAUUCAUUAUACCAACAAUGCCAAUCAGAAGGAUAAAUACGAACAGGAUUUAAAAAAGGAAAUCAAGAAAUUACAACGACUUCGGGAUCAAAUCAAGACCUGGUUAUCGUCCAACGACAUCAAGGAUAAACGAGCCUUGAUGGACAAUCGAAAGCUGAUUGAAGCUCAGAUGGAACGCUUCAAACAAGUUGAAAAGGAAAUGAAGACAAAGGCUUAUUCAAAAGAAGGUCUGAUGCAAAAGGAACGGUUGGAUCCCAAGGAUCAAGAAAAGGCUGAUGCUUGUGAGUUUGUCACGAAUGCGGUUGAUGAGCUUUCGAGGCAAGUAGAAACCGAAGAAUUCGCUAUUGAGCAGUUGGAAGGUGCAGGCUCGAAACGGGGUAACAAAAAAGCAGAUCAUCAACGCGUGGAAGAACUACAUGAGAAGGAACGAUUGAACGAAAGAAGAAAGUAUCACAUUAACCGUUUAGAACUCAUUCUCAGAUUACUUGAAAACGACCAUCUCGAACCCGAUCGUGUGAAUGAGUUUAAGGACGCUAUUCAGUAUUACGUUGAGGAAAACAAAGAGUCUGAUUUCGUAGAAGAUGAAGGUUUAUACGAUGAGUUGAAUUUGGAAGAGGAAGAGGAGCUUUAUGCUAUCAGAACUGACGAAUACCACAAUAAAUCAGGUUCAGAUGCUGAGGAUGAGGAUGAAGAUGAUGAAUAUUCCAAUGUGUCAAGUCCUGUUCAAAGCCCCUCAAGUAAAUCACAUAGUAAAUCUAGUCUAAAAUCAUUGCAAGACGAAGUUGAAUCAAGUGCGGUAAAGACCACCAAAGAACCCACGUUAAAAUAUGCACAAGCCGCUGCUUCUGCUGUUGUAGCUUCACCUUCCAACAGCAAAAACAAGGAACCCAUGUCUGCAUGGAACGAGCCACCCAAGAUUGUUGAUCAAUCGAAGAAGAGCAGUUUAUUAUCGAGCCAAUACCAACAACAGCAUCAUCAUCAACAGCAACAAUCGCAGCAACAACAACAGCAACAGCAACAACAACAGCAGCAGCAACAACAACAGAUGCCCAAGACUAGUAGUGAAAAUGAAGCACGAUUACCUGCUUCAUUGGCAGAUUUGGCACCUUGCUUUGAGUCUGUAAAGAACAAGGCGUUACGCAAACAAGAUAAUUCACAAUACACGAACUUGAUGUUGGAUGCUAGUUUACAACAUGUGCCUGAUCUUAUUGAUUCAGAAAGACCUAAAGUGUACCAACCACGUAAUCCAUUUAAUACACCCAAUUAUUACCCACAACAACCUUUGGCGAUCUUUGAUAACCCUGUCUUAUUUGACAAGUUUGAUAUGGAUACCCUCUUUUAUAUCUUUUAUUAUCAACAAGGCACUUAUCAACAGUAUUUGGCGGCAAAGGAAUUAAAGAAACAAUCAUGGAGAUUUCAUAAAAAGUACUUGACAUGGUUCCAACGUCAUGAAGAACCCAAGGUCAUUACAGAGGAUUAUGAACAGGGCACCUACAUUUACUUUGAUUAUGAAGGUGCAUGGUGUCAACGUAAAAAGACCGAGUUCAGAUUCGAAUAUCGAUUCCUCGAAGAAGCAUAAAUCAGUUCCCCCUCCCCCCCCCCCCACAUUUUCUAAUAAAACAUAAUUCAUUUUUUUUUGCAUGACUGAG